AGAAAAACGUGUUACGUGUAUGCGUCUCCAUUGCCGUUCUCAUCUACCCCAUAUAGGAAAACGCUUCCCCAGUUCGAAUUCAUACAGUCCCAGAACUGCACGUUACUAUACGCGUUUCCGUGGCCCCUUCCCCGAACUCCACCGCUACUUCGCCCUAAUCUCCUGCAUAUAAACGGCUUUCCAAGAAUCCCAGACGUAUCCACUCACUAAAAACCCAUCUUUUUCUCAACGUUCUUGAAAUUCUCUCUCUCAAUUCCGCUUGAAUUCUCUGUUUCUCCAAAUUCCCACUCGAGAAAUCUUGUUUCCUUUAGUGGGUUCGCUUCCAAAAAUGGUGAAAGUGAGUAACAAUCUUCUGGGUCUGCUCAACAUCGCUACAUUCUUGAUUUCAAUCCCAAUCCUCGCCGGCGGGAUAUGGCUGUCCCGGCAGGCCAACACGGAGUGCGAGCGGUUCCUGGAGAAGCCGGUGAUAGCGCUGGGAGUGUUUGUGAUGUUGGUUUCACUCGCCGGCCUUAUAGGCUCAUGUUGCCGAGUCACUUGGCUUCUCUGGGUCUAUCUUCUGGUGAUGUUCUUGCUCAUUGUGCUUCUCUUCUGUUUCACUAUCUUUGCUUUUGUGGUGACCAAUAAGGGGGCAGGGGAAGCCCUGUCUGGGAAAGGGUAUAAGGAGUAUAGGCUUGGAGAUUACUCCCAUUGGCUGCAGAAAAGGGUUAAUAAUAACUGGGGGAGAAUUGGGAGCUGCCUUCAGGACAGUAAGAUCUGCCAGAAGCUCAUUGAUGAUGGCUCCAACACUGCUGCUGAUGAUUUCUACAAAGAACACCUUUCUGCCCUUCAGUCGGGGUGCUGCAAGCCAUCGAACGACUGCAACUUCGAGUAUGUGAGCCCAACGAACUGGACCAAGACCCCGACCUCGUCCUUGAUCAAUCCCGAUUGUAAUACUUGGAGCAAUGACCCGAAAACGUUGUGCUACAGCUGCCAAUCGUGCAAAGCAGGGCUGCUCGACAACAUCAAGACGGACUGGAAGAAAGUCGCUAUCCUCAACAUCAUCUUCCUCGUCUUCCUUAUUAUUGUGUACUCUGUCGGGUGUUGUGCUUUCAGAAACAACCGGGAGGACAACUCUUGGAAGCGUUAUCCUUGAAUCCGCUCUUAUUUUGAUCAGGCCGGGUAGAUAUUAGUGUUUUGGAUCUUCUAUUGCUUUUGGACUGCCUUUUUCUACUGCUUUGUUGCACUCUUAGUUUGCUGGCAUAUAGUAUGCUUUAUUGUACAGUCUACCGGUUUUCACCAUAUUGAACAAUAUAUGCAUCAUUAGUCCAUUUCUUAGUAUUGCAGUUUGCUUGAAUUUGCUUA